AUACCCUCUCCCUCGGAGGAGGAGGAGAUUCAUCGCCGGAUUGCGAUGCCCGGAACCAUCCGAUUUCAUUUGCAAGACAAGAAUUUGCAACGUGGAUACCACGAUUUUAGCAGAAUUUGUCCCGAUUUGGUUCUUCGCCAUCUUCUUUUUCCAUGAGUGGCUGACUUUCAAGGCUUUCCUGUUGAGUUCAGAGAGAAGCGUGCAAAGGUUGGGUUGAGUGGUGAUGGCGGUUUGUUCUUUUUAUUCCGCCAUGACGUCGCCGAUAUCUGCCUAUACUUGCCCGAUUACUAGACAACAAUGUGUAGCGCCAAUGACUGUGUGUCGCUCAUUCCCCGCUUCGCACCGAAAUGGAGCUGAUCAUGGGUCUUUGUUCCUGCCAUUUCGUAAUGUCAGUGUAAACAGGAGAAGAGGGUUGUGUAGAAAUGUUAAGGUGGGAAUUGGAGGGAGGAAGGUGAUGAGCAUGGUGGGUGGAGCUCAAUUGGAAGAAAAGAGUAAGCAUAGUGCACCCAGGGAGAACGAUGUGCAGACUGUGGUGGUCGUGGGUGCGGGGCUCGCUGGGCUCGCCACUGCCUUGGCUUUACACAGAGUGGGAGUAAAGGCGUUGGUCUUGGAGCAAUCAGGAAACUUGCGCGCAGAGGGUACCUCCCUCACUCUCUUCCCCAACGCGUGGCGAGCACUUGAUACAUUAGGCAUUGCAGAUGAGCUUCGAGGUUCGUUCACCAACAUUACAGGAGGAAGAAUGCGGUCGAACGAUGGAAAAGUUAUCAAAGAAUUCGAAAAUUCUGACUGUCCUGGAGGGCCGUAUGAGGUGCGAGCAGUUGAGAGGCAGGCUUUACUCAAGGCUCUUAACCAGGCGCUCCCUAGUGAUACCAUAAUGUUCAACUCUCGAGUUAAAUCUAUCCGCAAACCUCGUGACAUGCAAUCUCCCACCGAAGUGGAGCUCGAAAAUGGCAACGUUAUCAAGACAAAGGUCUUGGUUGGUUGUGACGGGGCUCGUUCGGUAGUAGCUCAAUGGAUGGGCCUGUCUGAACCCCGAGCUGUUGGACAAACAGCCAUUAGGGGACUCGCUGAGUUCAACUCUGGACAUCAGUUUCAGUCUAGGGUGGAACAGAUAAUUGGCCAAGGCGUGAGAGCAGGCUUGGUUCCAGUGACGCAGUAUAAAGUGUAUUGGUUUAUCCUGUUCAACACUACAGCCUCAGUUCCUUCAAGAAUCACUGACCCGAACAAAAUCAAGGAAGAAGCCCUACGGUACAUGGAAGGCUGGCCAAGUGAUAUCUUAGAGUGCAUCUGCAAUACUCCUCCAGAGAGCUUUAACCGCAGCAAUCUGAGAGACCGGUGGUCAAUUCCCCUUGUGACUGCUCAAGAAGCCUCGAAUGGGAUCACCUUGGCUGGGGACGCUGCCCAUCCCAUGACUCCAAAUCUCGGCCAGGGUGGUUGCACUUCGUUAGAAGACUCUGUGGUACUGACUCGUAAGCUUUGUGAUGCUCUAAGGGGUGGUAAGGAUGAAGACCCUAGUGUGUUAUCGCGUAAAAUUGCAACUGCUUUGAGGGACUACGAGAAUGAGAGAUGGGCUCGAACCUUUAGGCUUACUGUGAAGUCGUUCGUUUUCGGUUCUGCGUUAGCUUGGGAUUCUAGUGUAAUCUGCUUCGUCAGGGACAACUUUGCCUUGCCAAUAAUCUUCCGCGCUUCUGUUGUACUGGGGAGCAGUAAAUUUGAUUGUGGAGCAUUACCCCCACCUUUGGACUGAUGAAUGCCUUUUCCAAGGUUUUUUUCUUUUCUCUUUUCUUUUCUAUAUAUUUCAUUUCUCUUCUUAGUA